CUCGCGAGAGACUCCGUGCUCAUGCUCGCUGCGGGGGUCGGAGGUCAGGGCGAGUGUCUCGCGGGCCGUAGGAGGAAGAUGGCGGUGGAGUCGCGCGUUACCCAGGAGGAAAUUAAGAAGGAACCGGAGAAGCCCAUCGACCGCGAGAAGACAUGCCCGCUGCUGCUGCGUGUCUUCACCACCAAUAACGGCCGCCACCACCGAAUGGACGAGUUCUCCCGCGGAAACGUGCCGUCCAGCGAGCUGCAGAUCUACACUUGGAUGGAUGCAACCUUGAAAGAACUGACUAGUUUAGUAAAAGAAGUCUACCCAGAAGCCAGAAAGAAGGGCACACACUUCAAUUUUGCAAUUGUUUUUACGGAUCUUAAGAGACCUGGCUAUCGAGUUAAGGAGAUUGGCAGCACCAUGUCUGGGAGAAAGGGGACUGAUGAUUCCAUGACCCUACAGUCGCAGAAGUUCCAAAUAGGAGAUUAUUUGGACAUAGCAAUUACCCCUCCAAAUCGGGCACCACCUCCUUCAGGGCGCAUGAGGCCAUAUUAAAUUCUAUUUACUGUUUCUUGAAUUUAUUUUUCAGUCAGUUGUGUAAAAUAAACUCACAUACUCUUUUUCAUCCUCUGAUCAUUGCCAGUAAGCCUUUAAAUUUUAAACAAAUUGUAAUGCAUCUAUUUAGGAGUUAGAUUUGGAUGUGCUGUUGUAUGAAUAUAGACAGUAUGUCAAGCUCUUCUGUAAAAUAUAAAGUGCUCUUAGCAUUUUGUGUAAAACUGUUUUGUUAAAUAUAUGUGUGCAAUCAGCCUGAGUGUCAAAGUUAAUGGAGGCAUGGGAACAGGGUCUGAUCUCCUAUUUGGGGUUUAUAUUAAAUAGUGGAGGAAAGUAUGUUUAAGUCCCAAAAGGGCACAAGAAAGCCAUGGAAUUGUGUGAAAUUCAGCAGGAGCUUGUGGUUUAGACUAUUGUAUGCAGUUAGAAUGAAUGAGGUAGUAUGGCAUCUUGGAGUAGUAUGAGCCGAUGCAAGUCGAAGAAGCUGUCAGUGCUGGAAGGGACUGGCUUGCCUUGAUCAGGGUACAAUGACAUAAAAGGUUAGAGAAAAGGAGAACAGGUGCCAUGAGGGCUUUUUAUGCUUUAAAAGUGGGGGGAAUAGGGUAUUUUGAAAGCAGGAACCAGUACAGAGGAAACAAGGGUUAGAACUUAGGGUAAGGGUGGAAAGGUCUACCUGGAAGAUCUGAAAAUGUAGGGAGGGAUGAAAGAGGAAUCUUAAGCCAAGGGAGAAGAGCCAGGGAUGAGGUCAGGUUGAUUAAGGAGCAGACAAUCACACAUCCUGUUAUGUGCUGGGGGCUGGUGUGUAUCUAAUUUGAGAGGCAGUACAGCCUAGUGAUUAAGACCAGCAGGGCAAAACAUUUAAAUCCUGAUUGCACCAGUAGCUCUGCAACCUUGGACAAGUUACUUGAGUCGAUUUUUUGGGUUCUUUUCCUUGUAAAAAUGGAGAUAAUAGCCCUUAGGACUGUGAAGAUCAGAUGUUUGUAAAGAGCUUGGAAUAGCGCCUGACAGAUUGGAAACAAUAAGUACUAGUUAUUAGCCAUAAAGUAGAGUUUAGUAAAAAAUGGAACCCUAUAUCUUCCAUGGCUCUAUUGUAUUCUUAUUUUGAUGUUUAUAAACAAUAUGGCAUUGUG